UCCCCCUCCCCCCCAUGGGACCUUUCCUGCCGAGGCUGGGCCCAGGAAAAGCUGGGAGCGCAACAGGAAUCAUCGCGGACAUGGAUUCAGCCCCUGCUGGGUGCCAGGCACUGAGCUGGGCACUGGGGAUUCACACGCUUGGUCUGUCGAUCAAUAGCAUUUAUUCAGCACCUACUGUGUGCCAGGCACUGAGGAUUCAGACACACUUGGCCUAUCAAUCAGAUAGCAAUAAUUCAUCACCUACUAUGUGCCAGGCACUGAUGUAGGCAGUGGGAAUUCACACACACGAGACCUGUCAAUCAGGUAGCAUUUAUUCAGCCCCUGCUGGGUGCCAGGCACUGACCUGGGCACUGGGGAUUCACACGCUUGGUCUAUCGAUCAAUAGCAUUUAUUCAGCACCUACUGUUUACCAGGCACUGAGGGAUUACAUACUUGAUCCAUCAAUCAGAUAGCAUUUAUGCAGCACCUACUGAGUGCCAGGAACUGAGGGAUUCAGACACACUUGACCAAUCAAAUAGCACUUAUUCAGCCCCUGCUGUGUACUGGUCUCGGUGCUAGGCGCUGGGUACCGGCGACAGUCAGUGAGUAGGUAUUUCUGUGCCCGGCACUGGACGGGUUAAGCCCCAGGGAGACAGAAGCAGAAGCGAGAGGCGGCUCCCGGCCCCUGACUCUCCCCCCCCCUUUUCCUGGUCUUUGUGCUGACUUAGCCCCGGCCAGUCCGAGGCGGGAGGUUAAUCAGUGACAGAGCCCAGACGUCGGAGCCCCGGCCGGCCCGUCCUUGGAGACGCGACCAUGGAGCCUUGGGGGAAGCUGGUGCUCCUGCUGUGCUGCCUGGGAGCCCCCGCCCAGCUCUGCCAGCUCCCUGCUGCGAGCAGCGACCUGGUGGGGACCGUUACCCAGCAGCUCCUGGGAUGGAUGGCGCGGCGAGCCCCCUCAGAGCUGAACCCCAGCAUCUACGUGGGGCUGCGGCUGUCCAACCAGCCCCCCCGGGACCAGGACGAGCUCUACCUGAGCAGCCUCACGGUCCACUACCAGGAGAGCUUCUCCAGCCUGGCCCCGGCCCACCUCAGGCCCCCCAUGGGCCAGCUGGCCCUCUACCUGCUGGCCAUGAGGGGCGGCUGCAAGGACAUGGACACCAGGAAAGGAAACCUGCUGGUCACGCAGCUGAAGGGUUACCUGGAGGAAGAGAAGCACCGGAUAGGGCACGAUCACACCGGCCGCCCCGCCACCAGCUACUACCAGUACAGUCUGUCCAUCCUGGCGCUGUGCAUCCAUGACAAGAAGGUGCCCGGGCACAUUGUGGAGAAGCUCCUGCACGCUGCCCAGUACGACCUCCUCCUCCGGGGGAGCAGCUUCUCCGUGGACACAGCAGCCAUGGCCAGUCUGGCCCUGUCCUGCCUGCAGGCCUCGGGCCUCAAUCCACGCCUGGCCUCUGGGAUCUCCAGGGCCUUGGAGCACUUGAGGAACAAAAUUCUUGAAGAAGAAACCCCAGAAGGGUACUUGGGAAACAUGUACAGCACGCCCCUGGCCCUCCAGGCCCUGAUGGAAGCCCCUUCGCCCGAGUCAGAGAGGGCCUGCUUGCGGGUUGGGGAUGUUCUCCUGAAGGGCCUCCAGGAAGGGGCCUUCCAGAACCCUCUCCCCUUAUCCCAGCUGCUGCCCAUCCUCCACGGAAGGACCUACCUGAGCCUCAGGCAGCUGGACUGCAAAGACUACAGAGGUCUCCUAGAUGUAGAUCUCAUCACCCCACCGGCUCAGAAACCAAAGGAAAUUCAGUUCUGGCUGAAAGUCCAAACAGAUCCCCAGCACGUGGUCUAUCAUCAUCGGUAUCGUAUCCUUGAGGGGACUACAUUAAAGGAUGUCCUGGAUCGGGCUCAAAUGGAGGACCCCUUCACGUACGAAACUCGGAACACUCUGUCCGGUCCCUUUAUAACUUCAGUGAUGGGUGUGACCCCCGGAGAGUGGCAGUACUGGCAGCUGCUGCGUGCCCCGGACAUAGCCCUGCUGCAAGGUAUUACUGACUACCAGCCCCGGGACGGGGAGACCAUCCUUCUGAGCCUGGCCAGCUGGUAGGGCCGCUCCAUCAUCCUGAGACCCAGCCACUCCCUUUGACGUCUGCCACCCUUGGUGCCGGAGAGCCUGGGGACAGAGGGACCUUUUCCAGAGCCCUUUAUGACCUCCCCAUAACCAGUAAAGGAGAGAUGGUGUCAAACCUCCUCUUUGACAGUGACCAUGGUAGGCCCUGCCCUCUACAAAGGAAUCCCUUCUUUCCCAAGUCCCUCAGCCUGUCUCUCUAAUCCCUCCAGAUCCAGAGGCCUCCACCUACCUGGGACCUCCCCUGUAGACACCUCAAAGUGCCUGUAAAACCCAGGUGUCAGGGCCCAGCCCUCCCAACAACCCACAUUCUGUGGCACGUAGGGCUCGCCAGGUCCAAAAUCCGGUGGGAUCUUGCCCUUUGAGAGCCAGCCCAGCCCUCAGGUUACUGAGGAGGAAAACGGCCCAAAGCAAGGAAGGGCCACUCAGGGUGGGGUUAGGGAGGGUCAGAAUUUAGACGUACUUCACAGAGGAGAAAACUGAGGCCCAAGAACAACCAAUUUUUUCUGCCAAGAUUCCCAGGCAAUGGGUUUCCCAGGGUUCCUUGGAAAUGUCUGAGCCAAAACAUUCAAGUCUCCUCUCAGGCAAGGGCCAGGUCUCCAAGGACUGUGGAACAGUGAGGGGA